AUGUCUUAUAAAGUGUGUGAAUCAAUUAAUUUGAUCGAGAAAUCUUUUGAUGAUGGUCCGAAACUCCCCGGAGAACAAUAUAUGAAUAUAUUAAAUACAUAUUGCCCGGAGAGUAACUGUAGUAGUGAUGAACUAAAGAUUAUUGCUGGUUUUAUAAUGUUACUAAAUAUGAUUGGUGAGGAAGAUAUAAAUGGUGAUAAACUUGUUGAAUAUGCUAUUUUAUGGUUAAGUUAUAAACUAAAUCAAAAAAAAAAAAAUGGAACGACCAUAUUAAACGAUUUCCACACUGGACAUAUAAAAGGAAAUGAUUGUUAUAGUGAGCAUAUAGAUACUGAUAAUAGUAGUGGUAAUAAGAUUUAUAUGGGUGUUAUAGAUGAAAAAAUAGAAUCGAUGGAUAUUGAUAUUAAAGAUAUAUCUAAUUUUUAUGAUGCAUUUAAAUCAUUAUGUAACAUGUAUAUUGAAAUUGGUACAGAAAAAAAUACUAAAUGCAAGACAUGUUUAGAAAAUGCUGGAGAAUUGUUUGAAAAAUAUGAAAAACUUAAAAAUGCUUUAGAUAUUAAUAAAGGAAAUUCUUAUUUACAACUAUUGUCUAGUUUAUCAAAUGAUUAUAAAAAUUUUAAACAGGAAUAUAGUGCUAAAUGUAGUAGUAUCUCACCACUUGUAGCUUGUCCACGAAGUUCAAUAACAAAAAAUAUGCUAAUUACAAUUGCAAUUAUAUUUGUUGCAGCAUCAAUUUUAUUGGGAGUUUCUUAUAAGUAUUCGUUAUUUGGAUUUCGGAAACGAUCUCAAAAACAACAUUUAAGAGAAAAGCUAAAAAAGUAA